CCUCUUCCGCCGCCUCCUUCCCAUCGUUCUUUGCGCGGCCGCGGCCACUUCCUUUCUUUUCCGGGCGCUGCCGACGCCGCCAUGGGAGUCGACAUUCGUCACAACAAGGACCGGAAGGUUCGGCGUAAGGAGCCCAAGAGCCAAGAUAUUUACCUUCGUCUCCUGGUCAAGCUCUACAGAUUUCUUGCUCGACGGACCAAUGCCAAGUUCAACAAAGUGAUACUCAAGCGACUGUUCAUGAGCCGCACCAACCGGCCUCCACUGUCGGUGUCCCGCUUGAUCCGGAAGAUGAAGCUCCCAGGGCGGGAAAAUAAAACCGCUGUUGUGGUGGGAACAGUGACAGAUGACGUCCGCAUCCAGGAGAUCCCCAAACUGAAGAUUUGCGCCCUUAGAGUGACAAAGGGUGCUCGUACCCGAAUCCUAAAAUCUGGAGGACAGAUCAUGACUUUUGACCAGUUAGCUAUGGCUGCCCCAAAAGGCCAGGGAACAGUAUUGCUUUCUGGUCCCAGGAAAGCCCGGGAAGUCUACCGGCAUUUUGGCAAGGCUCCUGGCACCCCGCACAGCCAUACUAAGCCAUACGUCCGAUCCAAGGGCCGUAAGUUUGAACGGGCUCGAGGUCGCCGUGCCAGUCGAGGCUACAAAAACUAGAUUGGUUACAAAAUAUUUGAGAGCUCAGAUGUAUGGGAUUAAAGUUACCAUUCUGAAUAUAAAUAAACACCAUGACACUGUGUUCUUUGCUCAGCAA